AUGGACCAAUAUAACACGAAAGAGGAUGUCCUCAAGUUAGGCAUCGUCGACCCAGAGCUCGAAGAAAUUCUCCGGCAUAGUCCAUCCCCUUCAAUGGACCUUUCAGGACCUAUUGCGCCAGUUCGCCAGAUAGUUGCGACAAUGGAGAAGACGGCAUACGAUUCCUGUCCCAGCUUCGACGCGCAGGAAACUGUGAUUGAUAUCCCGAUGCGCGAUGGACAUCAGAGCAAUCUCCACAUCGUCAAGCCGGGCAACUCAUCUGGGGCAAACCCGGUCGUUGUUCUGAUCUUCGGCGGAGCGUUUGUCAUGGGCAGCAACAUCCAAUCCAUUGUCUGGGCCCGCACGAUCGCAGCUCUGUACGGUGCUACCGUGGUGCAGCCCACCUAUCGCUUAGCACCGGAACACAAGUUCCCGACAGCCCCAAACGACAUCUGGGACAGUGUGCAAUGGAUCGCAGCCAACGCGUCUGCGCUUGACGCCGACUUGACGAAAGGGUUUGUGCUAGGUGGCGGAUCGGCAGGCGGGAACCUUUCAAUUGUGACAGCACACCGAGCCGUGAAAGAGAAGCUCUCGCCGCCAAUCACGGGUGUUCUAGCCAAUAUCCCCGUGUGUAUGAACCAAGACACCGUGCCGGAGAAGUACAAGGAGCUUUGGGUAUCUCGGGAGCAAAACGGAUAUGCUCCUGGAAACCCCGGCUUAGAUACCAAAUCGGUUCAAGGUUACGAGGCUCUCUACCAGCAGGAUUUCCUGUCGGAGGACUUUUCGCCGUUUAACUCGAUAGUGCCCUUCUCUGCCCUUCCACGCACGUAUGUUCAGGUCGCAGGGCUGGAUGUUCUCCGCGACGACGGCAUUGUCUAUGCCAAAGUGCUGAGAGAUAAUGGCGUUGAGGUGAGGCUUGAUGCUUAUCCGGGCAUGCCACAUGGCCAUUUUAAUUUAUGGCCGCACUUGAAACAGUCAAUCAAGUCUCAAGAGGAUACUAUCUGGCAUUUUGGAUGGCUGUUGCGUCGCCAGGUGCCCAGGGAAAGGGUGGAGGAAAUUGUAGCUCAGACUCGGAAAUGA